GUGUGUGUUUGGUUACAGAAAGAGAGUGCUUUGCUGCAUGUGUGUGUGUGCUCUUUGUGUGUGUGUGCGUUUGCUCUGCUGACGACAGAGCUGCAGGUCGGGGGGGGUGUGUGACGCUGUGUGUUAGGGGAGUAUCCUGAGUCAUUCACUCAAACCCACACAGGAGAUUUAACUCACACAGAGGCAGAGACGAGACGACAGAGAGAGAUCACGUGACAAAAAAGGAGCUGUAAAGCAAGAAAACUAAAGACGGAAAGAUGACAAUUGGGAAGAACUCGAGGAAAAACUCUGCCCGGAGCUCCAUCCGGGCCCCAAAGUUUCUGGACAAAUCCAGUGGCUUCUACGGCCGCCUCGAUGAGCCAGAGACCCCUGGAGAAGGGGAGGAGGUGAGGGGACAAGAAGUGGAGGAGACAGGGGACAGCAACAGAGAGGCAAGCAGCCCAAGUGUGGUGCAUGUUUCUGAGAAAGAGGAAGUGGAAGUGGAGGCGUUUGACCACAACGAAGGGAUGAUCGAAGACGACGGGGAGACUCUCCUCCAGAGGAAACCCAGCCGCCGCAGCAGCAGGUGGAACAGAAGCUCCAGGAGGAAGCAGAAGGAGGGGAGGGUGGAGCAGGACGCAGCCCAGGAGGAGAGGCCGAGCGCGGGCACAGAGAGUACAGACACCAGGGUGAUGAUCCAGGUGGAGACAGGAAAGGGGAAGGAGUCCACGAUGGUUCACUUCCCUGUUCGAGAGGAUGAGGACGACCAGGUCCUGAUCAGAGACAAGAAGAGGGGGAUGGAGGAGGAGGGAGAGGAGGAGAGGAGGAUGAAGAAGGAGCAAGAGGAGGGGCUGAAGGAGGUGAAGAGGAACACGGUGAAGAAUUAUCGCAAGGCUUUGGACCGAGCGUUUCGCCGCGGCUGGGAGGCCUUCAUCACCAACCUGUACAGCGUCACCCUCACUCCUGUGACAUCAUCCUCACCAACAUCUGCAUCCUCACCUUCAUCCAAGAAGAAACAUCAACACAACUCUGUGCUGGCCGAGUUUCAGUAGAACUUGGGAGAGACAUGGACAAUAAAACUUAAUAUUUAGUUAUUCAAAUCGUGAUUAUGCAGUUUAUGAUGGACAAUCCUGCCUGUGACAUUCACUUUAUAGUCUAAUGAAUCGUACAAAACAUGAACAUUCUGCGGAUUAUGAGACAUUUUUUUAUGUCAAUUUGAGGCCAUUUUGAAGUGUCUCUUUGAGGGACAUUUUCGAGAUGAAGGCCCCUGAUUGAGUUUUACUUCAUGAUGUGAGGAAGCCAUACUGUUAAUUUUACAUUGAAGUCUAUGGGACUGGCUUAAAUGUAAAAAGCCUGUUUUUAUGUGACUGAGUUAAGGUGGUUUUCCUCUAUGUUGCAAAUUCCAAUCACAUCUUAGCUCCUUCAUUUCGGUUCACUAUUAAGAGCUUGGAGCACUAAUGACCUCUCCUUCAUUUUGGUUUAGCACAAUGAAACUACUAAAGUGUUGACGUGUAACCAAAGGGAAGGACAUUUCCAACCGUGUAGCAAUGACUGAUAAGUGGAGAUAUUUACAUUUCUGUUUGUUAAUCAUUGCCAUUUAAGGCUGAGAGCUAAUCAUUAAUGAAAGGAGAGACGAACACACACAGCUGAUGAUUAUUUAGACAUUUUGGUAGUGAUUAACACACAUUUAUGUUAUUACUUUUGUAGAAAUUGAAUUUAUUUUAACCAAUGUUAAGACAUUUAAACAAGGACUCACUGUUAACAUAUCUAAACAUAGGUUAUUGAAUUUCACAAAUGAAAUGCACAUGUGUUUGACUUCCUCACUGUUUGUUCUGGUGAAGGUUAUUAACCUGAAGGGGCAGGGCAGGGGAGUGUUUCAAAGAAAAACUUAUAUAAUUUAUAGCCUGGUUAUAAAUCACCAUAGCUUUUAUUGUUAACAUUGCACAUAAAGUUGGUUAUAUGUGUUUUAGUACCACUCAUUUUUAAUGUAUUAAUGAUUUACAUUGUCACAAUGAAAUAUGAAAUGUGUACAAUAGGCCUGUGUUAAUUUCCUGUUGUCCAGUAUGUGUCUGGAUGUCAUGUGUACUCUUGCAGACUAGACUGAAAAGGACUUCUAAAAAUGUUGUUAAUUUUUUUAUUUAACAAUCCUUUUGUAUCCUAAUCAUUGCUUCUGCAGUCCGGAACCAGCAACAAGAAGCACUUUUCUGAGUAAAUAAAGAUUUAAUUUAUUAUA